AUGAAGACGUCGGUUGUCUUCUUACUCCUCGUGGUCGCGGUUAUUGAGGCCCAAGACUUCAUGUCUUUCCUCAAACCGUUCAUUGGAGGCGCCGGUGGAGGUGGUGGUGGCAACCCAUUUGCAAAUCCACAAGCCAUUGGGGGACUAUCCAACAAUUUGCUGGAAAUGGAGGUGGUGGAUUUGGAUCAUUAUUGGGAGCAGUCGCACCGAACAAGCCCAUUGCUCAUCGUAGACCGGCUAAACCGGCCGGAAAACCAAAGCCAGGAAGGCCAAAGCCAGGAAAACCAGGAAGAAGACCGAAACUCCUCUUUUUUGGAGACCUCCAGGGGGGCGCCCACCCCCUUUGAAAAGGGGGCCGCCCCCUUUUUUGGCGCCUCCGCUGAGGAGCCCUUCUUCCACGUGGGGUAUCUCUCCAGGAAACCCGCGCCAGCACCACGUCCAGCUCCAGGCCCAGCCGCCGUAGCUCCAACCAUCGAGGACUACAACACAGAUAUUGAUGUUCCGGCGCCGGCUCCGAAACCCAAGGCUCGCGCGGCGGCUCAUCGAAGACCCCAAGCCGACGCCCCGCCCCCUCCACCUCAAGAAUCCUUCCGUCAACCACGCACCAAGCAGGAGAAGAUCGAUAGAUGGAGAAACAUCGCCCGAACGUUCUCCCCAUUCUUUUUCGCCGACGCCGAGUCACAAAACACAACGCCGUCUCCACAAUUCAAUAAUUAUAUCUGGCAACAAAAUGCUCCGGCUGUGACGCCUGAGCCAUUUACAUUUGCUCCGUUCUCAUUCCCAACACUAGCUCCACCGGUGACGUUGGCUCCACCGGUCGGAUCUGGCGGACCAACGCUGGAACCAUUCUUGCCGACUACAGCUAGUCCGAAACUAUUGGCUCAUAACACUGCUAGGAUGAUUCGAGAGAUCGCCACAUUCUCCGAUGGAGGAAAGUCUCGAGAUCAAGACUUUGGAGCCGUUCAAACCCUCAUGCAGGCGUUCUUUGAAGCCGUAGCCACUGGAAACAAUAAUGGAGCGGUGGCAACGGGACCAGCUGUUGGGACACCGUUGCGGGAUGCUCCAAUGCUCCAAGCCCAUCGAGACGGCACAGAGCUUGGCGCAAAUCGAGCACUCACCAAUAAACUUUUCGAGUCCGACAUGGUCCUUACCGUUCCACAAAUGAAGGCAGUAGUGCUUGCGGCUCAAGAGGCUCGGAACCCGCACGGACGUAAGAAGAGAAAAGUGAUCACCGGAUCGGUCUACCGCUGGAAAAGUGUGAUCCCUUAUCGAUUCAAGGGUGGAGACUCAAAAUGGAAGAAAUUGAUCAAAGAGGGACUAGGCCUAUGGGAAAAGGAGACAUGUGUGCGGUGGAGCGAAAAUGGUCCCGGCAAGGAUUAUGUGAUUUUCUUUAGAGGAUCAGGAUGCUACUCAUCGGUUGGGCGAACUGGAGGCUCUCAACUGAUAUCGAUUGGCUAUGGAUGUGAAGACGUGGGUUUUGAUUUUAAUUUUUAUCAAAAUUCAAAUCCUCGCCUGCAGAAAGGAAUCGUAGCUCACGAAGUGGGCCACUCGCUAGGAUUCUGGCAUGAGCAAUCUCGUCCCGAUCGUGAUCAAUACAUCCACUUGAGAAAAGAGUGGAUCAUUAAAGGAACCGACGGAAACUUCGAGAAACGAUCUUGGGAAGAAAUCGAGGAUAUGGGAGUGCCAUAUGAUAUCGGAAGUGUGAUGCAUUAUGGGUCCAAUGCGUUUACCAAGGAUUGGGAUCAAAUUACCAUUGAAACACAGGACAAACGGUAUCAAGGAACUAUUGGACAACGACAAAAACUUUCGUUUAUCGAUGUAAAGCAAGUGAACAGACUUUAUUGUAAUUCGGUUUGCCCAGUAGCACUUGCAUGUCAACACGGGGGUUACCCAGACCCCAAUAACUGCUCGGUUUGUAAAUGUCCAGAUGGUCUAGGAGGAAAACUAUGUGGAAGAGUUGCCAAAGGAACGGAUCAUGAUAAGUGUGGUGGUGAACUGGUGGCAACUCCAGAGUGGCAAGAAAUGAUCUAUAAAGGGAAGAGAACUUGUAACUGGAGGGUUAAGAGUCCAAAUGGAGGCAGAGUUCGUCUGGUGCUCACCGAGCUACGGUAUCAGUGUGCGACGUCAUGCAAAGCUUAUAUCGAGAUUAAGCAUAAUACGGAUUUCCAGCAAACUGGCUUCAGAGUUUGCUGCUUCAACAAAACCUAUGAUGUCAUUUCCGACCAAUCGGAGGCACUUAUUUUGUCCAAUGCCAAUAUUGUGGAUUAUGAAGUUUCUUAUAAGCUUCAGUGGAUUCAAGACAACGGAAAACCGCUACCACCACCGAAACCUACAUCCACAUGGGUGCCAGGCAAAGAGAAUCGUCCAUUCCGUGGAGUGGAAAAUACGGGCGGCUCUAUUGAAAAGUUCAUUUUGCAAGCGAUUCCUAAAAUCCGAGAUUCGCAUCGACCACUGGAAAGUAUUACAAGUAUUGUGGCUGAGUAUGGUCUGGCAACUCUACUUGGUAUUUCUCAUAAUGGAAAGAAGUAG